UUUCUUACAACUUUGCUGGGCAAGUGGCAGGCAUGUUUUUUUCUUACUUUUACUGCCAAACCAAGAACCUUCUGUUUUUUCUUGAGACCUGACAGAAGCUGUGAGCCAGUGCUGUUCUGGUACGGCGGGCAUCACCACUUGUACUAAUUCUCAUGUGAUGUCUUUGUGUUCCCUGUUUGGUUGAAGACUUGUGUUGAAUUCUUCAAACUACAACUUAACUCCUAACAGCUUUUUUGAUCAGAGUUUCUUUCCACUGCCCAAAACUCUUUCUUUUUCAUCUUUCUUGCUUUCUGGGCUGCUCAGUUUCUCCUUCUCAGCUUCUGAAUCAAUGAAAAUGAUGAGUGAAGAAGCUAUUUUCUGGGGGGUAGCUUUUUGCAGCUUCUGGGCUUAUGCUGCUGCUAUGCUUACCCCUAAUGGUGUCAACUUUGAAGUGCUAGCUUUGAUGGAUAUCAAGAAAUCACUGAAUGAUCCUCAUGGAGUGCUUAAUUGGGAUGAAAAUGCUGUUGAUCCAUGUGGCUGGACUAUGGUUGGUUGUUCCAAGGAUAAUCUAGUCAUGACUCUAGCAAUUCCAAGUCAAAGUUUAUCCGGCACGAUAUCCCCAAGUAUUGGGAAUUUGACUCAUCUCACUAGUGUGCUCUUGCAGGAUAAUAAUAUAUCAGGGCCUAUUCCUCCUGAAUUAGGAAAGCUCCCAAAACUUCAAGAACUUGAUCUUUCCGAAAACUUGCUUACAGGAGAAAUACCCUCUUCUUUAGCCCAACUGAAAAGUCUCCAGUACCUGAGGUUGAACAAUAAUAGUCUUACUGGAGCUAUCCCUUUGGCUUUGGGCAACUUGACUCAGCUUACCUUUCUGGAUUUGUCAUAUAAUAAUUUGAGCGGGCCGGUUCCGAAGCUUCUUGCCAAAACAUUCAAUGUUUUGGGAAAUCCUAUGAUAUGUGCAACGGGCAAAGAGCCGGACUGCAAUGGAACUGCACCAUUACCUCUAUCCUUCUCUCUGAAUAAUGCACAAAAUCCUCAGCCAUCAGGAAGAACAAACAGUCACAAAUUUGCUCUGGCGUUUGGUUCGAGCCUCGGUUGCAUUUGCAUACUGAUUCUUGGAUUCGGUUUUCUAAUCUGGUGGAGACAUAAGCACAACAAGCAGAUAUUUUUCGAUGUCCAUGAACAACAUCGUGAAGAAGUCUGCCUUGGAAACUUGAGAAGGUUCCAGUUCAGAGAACUUCAGAUUGCCACCCACAACUUCAGCAGCAAGAACAUCAUUGGGAAAGGAGGCUUUGGUAAUGUCUACAAAGGUUACCUCCGAGAUGGAACAGUUGUAGCUGUAAAAAGGCUCAAAGAUGGAAGUAACGUCGGUGGAGAGAUUCAGUUCCAGACUGAAGUUGAGAUGAUCAGUCUUGCGGUUCACAGAAACCUCCUUCGCCUAUAUGGAUUCUGCAUCACUCCAACUGAAAGGCUUCUCGUUUAUCCCUAUAUGGCCAAUGGAAAUGUUGCUUCGCGUCUCAAAGCCAAACCACCCCUGGAUUGGGGUACUAGGAAGAGAAUAGCAUUGGGAGCAGCAAGGGGUUUGUUAUACCUGCAUGAGCAAUGUGAUCCAAAGAUCAUUCACCGGGAUGUAAAGGCAGCAAAUAUUCUGCUUGAUGAGUAUUAUGAGGCCGUGGUUGGAGAUUUUGGGCUGGCAAAGCUUCUUGAUCACCGGGAUUCACAUGUUACAACAGCUGUCCGUGGCACAGUUGGGCAUAUAGCUCCUGAAUAUUUGUCAACGGGCCAGUCCUCAGAGAAAACCGACGUUUUUGGAUUUGGAAUUCUGCUGCUAGAACUGAUCACUGGUCAGAGGGCUCUCGAAUUUGGCAAAGCUGCCAACCAGAAAGGAGCUAUGCUUGACUGGGUGAAGAAAAUUCAUCAAGAAAAGAAGCUUGACAUGCUGGUGGACAAGGACCUUAGGAACAACUACGACCGGAUUGAGCUCGAAGAAAUGGUGCAGGUAGCUUUGUUAUGCACUCAGUAUCUACCCAACCAUAGACCAAAAAUGUCUGAAGUGGUUAGAAUGCUUGAAGGAGACGGGCUUGCUGAAAAAUGGGAAGCUUCUCAAAGAGCUGAGGUUACUCGAUGUCGGGCCAAUGAAUUCUCCUCUUCGGAGAGAUAUUCUGAUCUUACAGAUGACUCAUCCUUGCUGGUUCAGGCCAUGGAACUCUCAGGUCCCAGGUGAUAACAAAUUUUGAAAGGGGGAAGAAAAGAAAGAUGAACAGAAAGUUAAUAGCUUAAGUUGGCUAAAACAGUCUGUGCAUAGAUUGAUGUGGAAACACCUGAGUGAAAACUUAGACUUGCAUGUAUAGUAUCAGUAUUGAGGACCUGACAUGUAGCAGAAAGUUUUUUGUGCUCUGUUUUGAGUGAGAAUUUUCAGAGGUGAAUACAGGUUGAGUACAAACCAAUAAUGUCCUAGAAAAUAAGUUGAGGUUGAUUAUACACAUACAUCUGCAUA